AUGUAUCCGGCGGCUUGCCGCUACGCCUACUGGCGCCGGGACGCGCGCCACGACGCCUCGGGCUCCGCCCCCACCUGCCGCCCCCCGCCCCCCACCGCCCACCAGCUGCGGCGCGUGAAAGUCGACUGCUGGAAGCGGCUGCAGCGAAAGUGCUGCCCGUCGCUGGGUAUGCACUGCGCGCGCCGAGCCUCCGGUGCCUUCCUCAGACCUUCCAGUGGCUGCUUGCCAGCCUCCGCGGCGGAUCCAGAAAAUACUGCAAGGGAUGACCUACUAUUGGGAUCAAGAGUAGUACUAAACAUGCUUGACUGCAUUGAAAAACCCGAGAAUCAUUGUGUGUACUUUGACAAUUUCUUCACUAGUAGAGAUCUUCUCAUUCAUCUGAGAAAUUUGGGUUUUCGAGCAACUGGGACUGUCAGAGAGAAUCGAGUUGGUGACUGUCCACUACUGAGCAGCAACGAACUGAAAAAGACAGUUCGAGGAAACUAUGACAACCAGUUCGACAGGAAUGGUGAAGUCUUAGUUGUUCGAUGGCACGACAACAGAUGUGUUACAAUUGGUACAAAUUUUGACAAAGUUGAACCUUUGGGAGCAGCUACGCAGUACAGUAGACAAGCAAAUAAGAAGACACAAGAGCAACACCCUGCCGUUCUAAAGUCGUAUAACGCGUACAUGGGGGGUGUUGACCACCAUGACUGGUUAGUUGUAAAAUAUGCGACGGUAAUUAGAGGUAAAAAAUUGUACUGGAUCCUAUUUACACGUAUGCUGGAAAUGGCCCUCAUAAAUGCUUGGCUCUUCAACAGACUAGCACAUGGGAAAAAUGCACAGGAUUUACUGGAUUUCAGACGUACUGUUACAGUUGCAUACCUGAAAUUGGACACUGGAAGACCGAAUAUUGGACAUCUAAUGGAAUACCCAUCAAGUCAGUUGAGAGUGAUACCAGACAUCAGGUUUGAUGGAAUUGGUCAUAUAACAAAAGAAGCACGCAAAGAAGAUGUGUAA